AUGUCGAUUGAAAGUGAUCAUUGCAAAGAGUGCGUCAGCGGCAACAUUGAAGUUGUCAAAAAAUUAGGAGAAGGAUCGUUCGGAUCAGUUUACCAUGUGAUGGUUGGAGAAAAAAAACGACAUUUGGCAAUGAAACAAAUGUCUACAAAUUAUUCGAAUAUUUUCAUUGACUGCAAAGAAGCCAUCCGAGUUGCGCAUAAAAAUGUGAUUGCUUUCUUCUGGUGUUCAUGGAUGAAACACGAAAAUGGAACAGAAGGCCAUUUGAACAUUUUCAUGGAGCUGUGCAUGGAAAAGAAUCUAAGUGAUUGGAUAGAUGAAAAUAAAACUGUCGAAAGCCGUAACUUAGAGGACAUGAAGUUUUGGAUCAAGCAGAUUCUCAGUGCACUAGACUGGUUCCACGCAAUAGGACUGAUUCAUAGAGACCUAAAGCCAGCCAACAUCUUUUUUGCACGUAACUCUGUUUAUGGAGCAAGAGGGACGCUCAAAAUUGGAGAUUUAGGAAUGAUUAAAAUUCGGGAGCAUCAAGAAAGUCUUAAACCAGAUGAGAACGGAUUAUAUCCACCACUAUAUCCACCACUUGAAGUUGGUGAACACAAAUACUGGUACGGAACCGAGGAGUAUGCGGCACCGGAACUAUUGAGUACAAAUCCUUAUAACAACAAAGUGGAUGUAUUCUCAUUGGGAAUGAUUGCUGCUGAACUGAUAUGUCCAUAUAAAAACGAGGGAUAUGGGUAUACUGUCAGAAAAGCGUUCAGAGAAGAAAAAAUUCCGAAGGGCUUCGAAGGUUUCCCGGAUGAAAUAAACGAUUUCUUGUCAAAAGCUACGAAACGAAAUCUGAAGGACCGCCUAUUUGCUCGUGAACUUUUGGAGCAUCCGUUUUUGUCAAAUGUUCCUACGCUUGAACAGGAAUUGAAGAAGAACUUUUGCGAAAACAAUCCACAAUGUUUGUUAGUAGAUGAAGCAUUUGUUCGAGUGGGAUUUGCUGAGAAAGCGUUCAAUAAACUCAAAGCCAUCCAAAUAUCCGACAAUGAUGAAGUGAAACUGGUCGAGAAAGUCGUAAAGAUGCAAAUGAUUUUGGCUGGUUCUGCAGAAGAAACGGUUUAUUGCGAGAAAUGCUCCAUUGAAAACAUUAAUGAUUAUUUGUCGGAUUUGAUCUAUUAUGGAGAGCGAACGAAGCAUAUGAAAGUAGCUUGUUUCGGUUUGGAAACUACUUCAUUCGAUGCAGUGAAGACCAGCUACACGUCUGCGCACGUGAAGCUGAUACCAUCGUUCAAAGUGUGGCUGGAAGAUGAGUGUCGAGAAUGGAUGAAGUCCAUGUUGGAAGAGAACAGUGAAGAACUUGUGUUCUCAAAUGGAAACCAACCACUGCGUUGGAUCACAAGAGAAGAUUCUGGAAGCUCUACAUCUCAAGAACAAGGACAAGAAAUUGAACGCCUCCUGGCAACUUUUGAACGUCUCCUGACUACGGAAACUGUUGUCAAUGAGCCUUUGACAACCACCAAGUUUCAGAAAGCUGAGAAUAAUACUGAUGAAAUCACUUCAAUCAAAGCAUAUCUUCGCUUUCUUCUGGGAGCAUGCAAGUUCAUCACGAGUUGGGGAAAAGAAGAUUUCGACAUUGACUUAUUGAAUGAUAUCGAUGGAUUCUCUGGAAUGUACAUCACCAACAACAGUUUCGUUCUACCAACGUUCGAAGUGUAUCGAAUGCAGCCAAUUGAGCAUUGGGAGUCGUGGUCUGAAAUCGUGUGGCCUGCGUGGUGGAAGGAAGAAUCUGAAAAUGAAGCUGAUGACAAUAAAACGGAUUUAACGGCACCGUUUCCCUGGCAAGAUAUACUGAACAGAUCACCUCGCGAUUCGGUUACAUACUUACUUUAA